GGCACGGUGCUGUCGCUGUCGCCGAGCUACCGGAAGGCCCCGCUGUUCGAGGAGGGCACGGCCACGGUGGGGCAUUACACGGCGGUGCAGAACAGCAAAAACGCGAAGGAGAAGGGCCUGAAGCGGCACUCGCUCAUCUCGGUGCUCCCCUGGAAGCGCAUCGCCGCCGUUUCGGCCAAGAAGAAAAGCUCCAAAAAGGUGCAGCCCAACGGCGGCUACCAGAGCAACGUCACCCACCUCAACAACGAGAACCUGAAGAAAUCGCUCUCCUGCGCCAACCUCGCCACCUUCGCGCCCCCGCCGCCCUCCUCCUCCUCCUCCUCCUCCGCCGCCGCGCUCCCCCCGGCGCAGAAGAACCCGCCCGGGGGUCCCGCCGCCGCCACCGCCACCCCGCGCCGCGUGGUGGUCCAGGCGUCCACCAGCGAACUGCUGCGCUGCCUGGGCGAGUUCCUGUGCCGCCGCUGCUACCGCCUGAAGCAUCUGUCGCCCACCGACCCCGUGCUGUGGCUGCGCUCCGUGGACCGCUCGCUGCUGCUGCAGGGCUGGCAGGACCAGGGCUUCAUCACGCCGGCCAACGUGGUGUUCCUCUACAUGCUGUGCCGCGACGUCAUCUCGGCCGAGGUGGGCAGCGACCACGAACUUCAGGCGGUGCUGCUCACCUGCCUGUACCUCUCCUACUCCUACAUGGGCAACGAGAUCUCCUACCCGCUGAAGCCCUUCCUGGUGGAGAGCUGUAAGGAGGCCUUCUGGGACCGCUGCCUCUCCAUCAUCGACCUCAUGAGCCCCAAGAUGCUGCAGGUCAACGCCGACCCCCACUUCUUCACGCAGGUCUUCGCCGACCUCAAGAAGGAGAGCGGCGCGGAGGAGAAGGGCCGGCUGCUCAUCGGCCUCGACCGGUGAACCCCGCGCCGCCCCGCGCCCCGAUCCCUCUGGGGUGACCCCGACGGAGGGGUCCCCUCGCCCCAUCCGUCAUCCCCGCUGAGGCGGCCCCAGAGGAGGGGUCCCCCCGCCCCACUGCUGAUCCCCUUCGAGGUCACCCCGGCGGCGGGGCCGCGUCGCCCCGUCCAUCUUCCCCAUUGAAUUGACUCGGACUGGGGUCGGGGGGGGGGGGGGAGCAGCCCCGCUCCGUGCCCCCGCGCGGCCCCGUCCCUUCCCCCCGGCGGUGACUGCGGCUCCGGGGCCGCGUGCCCCCAGCGCUGACCCCCACGGAAAUGACUGCGGGGUCGGGGUUGGGGCGCUGCCGCCGCAUCAAUGUGAAUCGCGUUGUUCCCAUCGUGCACCGAUCCGUGAGUGUUGUGUAGGAUCUGCGGGACGACAUCCACACGCUGCUGCUAUGGACAAACCCCAGCGACGCGGGGAACCGACACGAGCCCCCGACUCUUCCUCCUUUCAUCGUUGCUUUGACAGUGGUAUCGCGCAUGCAGACAUCGGAGCAUUUUGUGUCUUCGGAAAUGAAAACAAAAAAAACAGAAAAAAAAAACAAAAAAAAAAGGGAAAAAAGGACAA